AUGAUGGUGGGUCCCGCCAUGUUCUUGUUUGCUCUGCUCGCCUGCCUGCCUGUAUCGCUCGAGCACCAUCUUGAAUGGCCAGCAAGGGAUCGCCAGGUGGUCUUGAACAGACUGCGAGGUGGAUCGACGACGGAGGGAAAGUUGUAUGUGUUCGGAGGAUUCUCCAUGAAGAGCCUGUACACGGACACGGUUGAGAGCAUCAAUCUGAGCCAGAAAGAUCGCUGGUACUGGAAGCGAAAGCCGUACAUGAAAGUCGCCAAGGCAUCUUUAUGUGCAGUUGCGCUCAAGGGAAAGAUCUACUUGGUGGGAGGACAGGACUCAAGAUACUUCGCAGUGCAACGGAGGUUGUCACAGAUGACAGACAAGAACGAGACUGUCGGACCUCACGACGUGAAUUGGCCGACUCUCGAUAUCAUGGAGGUCUUCGACCCAAAGCAGGACUCCAACUCCUGCUGGACCUUCGCCCCCCCCAUGUUUGAGCGCAGAGUCUCCUUCUCAGCUGCCGCGUUGGCGGGCAGGUUGUGGGUGUGUGGGGGCUACAACGGCGAGCGGGUUGUGUCUUCCUUGGAGAGCUUCGAUCCGCAGGACUCGCACUGGACGACAGAGGCUGAUCUGCCGAGGCCCCGGUUUGGCAUCGCACUGGCAGCCUCUACAGCAGAGGGACUAAGUCUGUACGCGAUUGGUGGGUCAAACGGCGAAUACGUCUCAAAGGCUGUGGAUAUCUUCGACGUGAAGACGAGGAAGUGGAGGAUGGGGCCUGACAUGCUCACUGCAAGGAGUUCAUGUGCGGCAGUGGAGAUCAAGGGCAAGAUAUACGUCAUGGGAGGGCUGGGCGAGGAAGGUUGUCUCAACUCCAUGGAGGUUCUUGACCUCAAGACUGAGAAGUGGGAGCGAUGCCUCGGCGACGGCAUGCAGUCGAAGCGAUCAGCAUUCGGAGCGGUUGCCUACGAGGGGAGGAUCUUCGUGGUGGGCGGAUGCGACGGGGAGAAGAUGUUGGAUACAGCGGAGGUUUACGACGAUAAGGAAGGUUGGGCUGACAUGCCGAAGCUCAAAGUGCCGAGAGGAGCCCUGGGCGUCGCCUUGCUGUAA